UGUUAUUUUUUCUCUUUGCCUUUCUAUCAAAAUCCAAUAUUUAAAUUUACCAAAGUGACCCACGAAGCAAGGCUUACAAAACAUGCUUCCCUUGAAUUCAGGGCCAUGAACAUGAAAGAAGAAAAACCGAAGAGAAAUUAAAGUCCCAUACAUGUUCCUUGCAUGCCACUCUUUUUCCAACUUGUUCUUGUUCGAAUUCUCCCCAAGAAACCAUGCCGAUUUCCGAAGCCUUUCGAAGAGUCAAACUUAUGAGGCUGUUGGAACCUUCUGUUUCUGUUGGUCUUGCUGGAUUCUUUCUACUCAUCACGUGCUGCUUCUUCUUCUACUUUGACUACACACCAUUCGGAUUCUUGGCUCAAUCACAAACCCUUGCUUUGCCUCCGGUUUCGGUUUCGGAACACAGAGAUAACAGCGUUGAUGAGUUUCUUGGAGAAAAGGAGUGUGAUUUUUUUCAGGGUAAGUGGGUUUGGGAUGAGAGUUACCCUUUGUAUGACUCAAAAGAUUGUAACUUCCUUGAUGAUGGCUUUCGUUGUUCUGAAAAUGGUAGACAUGAUUCCUUUUACACAAAGUGGAGGUGGCAACCCAAACAUUGCAACUUGCCAAGAUUCAAUGCAACAAUGAUGUUGGAAAAACUGAGAAACAAACGCCUAGUGUUUGCCGGGGACUCAAUCGGAAGAAAUCAAUGGGAGUCAUUCUUAUGCAUGCUGUCUUCUGUAGUCACUAACAAGAAAUCAAUCUAUGAAGUAAAUGGCAACCCAAUCACAAAGCACAAGGGGUUCUUAGUUUUCAAAUUCAGAGACUUUAACUGUACUGUAGAAUACUACAGAGCUCCAUUUCUUGUAUUGCAAAGCCGGCCGCCGGCCGGCGCUGCUAGAAACAUUAGGACAACCUUGAAGGUGGAUAAAAUGGAUUGGAACUCUUUGAAGUGGAGAGAUGCACAUGUCUUGGUUCUUAACACAGGACACUGGUGGAAUCAUGAAAAAACCAUAAGAGGAGGCUGUUAUUUCCAACAAGGUAUGGAAGUUAAGAUGGAAAUGAAGGUGGAAGAUGCAUAUAGGAAGUCUAUGGAGACAGUGUUGAAUUGGAUACAAGAUAAUGUAAAUGUUAACAAGAGUCAAGUUUUCUUUCGUACAUAUGCACCCGUGCACUUCAGAAGUGGAGAUUGGAGAAGCGGUGGAAGUUGUCAUUUGGAAACACUGCCAGAGCUUAACAUGUCAUUAGUGCCUAAUGAUAACUGGUCACAAUUCAAAAUAGGCAAUUCAUUGCUAUCAUCACACAAAAAUAGCACUCAACUUGUCAAGUUGAAAAUAUUGAAUAUAACAGAGAUGACAGCUCAGAGAAAAGAUGGGCACUCAUCAAUCUACUAUCUUGGUCCGAAUGGCGGCACGGCGGCACUCCAUCGGCAAGAUUGCAGCCACUGGUGUCUGCCUGGUGUACCUGAUACAUGGAAUGAGCUGCUUUAUGCAAUGUUCAUGAAACAUGAAGGCUUCUCAUAGCAAGGAACUUCAAAGAGUCGUGGAAUUCUUUUUUAUUUGUCUUGGGCAGCAAGGACUCACAAAUUGUUCUCAACAGUCUCAAAAAGACGCUAACACGUUACACAGUACAAGACUUGAAUUUUGGAGUACAUAUAUACAAUCAUAGAUAAAAGCCUUUGAUUGUGCAGAUAUUUUGAUUAGUGUUGUUAUGAACAUAUUUCUUCUUUUAUGUUAUUACCGGGAAUAUAGUUUUGAGGCAAAACUCACACAAUCAAACCUUCUCACAUUAAAGAGGGUACAAUAUUGCUAGAGUAUAACAUAGGCAGUGCAAUUAGGUAUUCUUUUAACAUGGUCUUUUAUUUAACUUUUAGAAGA